GCCCCUUUCCUCUUGGUCCAGCAGUCCACUUAGUUCCCCUCCUCACUCUGAUCGCUGCAGUGAGCUGAGAACCACAGACCAGCAGAGAGCAACUGUCAUGAAAGACAAAGGUUUGUUUAGUUCUGAUCCUCCCAGCCCUAAAAACUACAUUUGGUGAUAAAAAGAACUGGAGUUGCCAAGUGGGGAAAAGUGCAAAAGUGCAAGAACAGCUGCUACAGCUAAUCGUAGAACAUCGUGUUGAUGCUACAUGCCCAGAACGGCACUCACUCAUGUCCUCCAGUGGGGAAGCAGGUCAUCCACUGCUUCAGAUGUGGGAAAUCAUGCAAAGGGGAGGUGCUGCGAGUCCAGGGCGGCUACUUCCACAUAAAGUGUUUCAUGUGCAAAGUGUGUGGCUGCGAUUUGGGUAAAAGCGGCUUCUUCAUGAAGAACGGUGACUAUCUCUGCCCGCUGGACUUCCAGAGGCUUCACGGCACACUGUGCAGCAACUGUGGGGAGUUUGUGGAGGGAGAAGUGGUCACGGUGUUGGGAAAGACUUACCACCCAGCCUGCUUUGUGUGCACCAUUUGCAAACAUCCUUUUCCUGCUGGGGAUUGUGUCACCUUCAGUGGAAAAGACUGCCUCUGUCAGCGCUGUAUCGAACCCGUGUCACCUUCUCCUAAAGACAUCCGCCGCUCCAAUAAUUGCACCGGCUGCAGUAGAGACAUCAAGAACGGCCAGGCUCUGUUAGCUCUGGGCGGUCAGUGGCACCUCGGCUGCUUCAAGUGUAAAGCCUGCAGGAGAGUGCUGAGUGGAGAAUAUAUCAGCAAGGAUGGUGUUCCCUACUGUGAGCGAGACUACCAGAUUAAGUUUGGGGUCCAAUGUCACGCAUGUCACAAGUUUAUAACAGGAAAAGUUCUCGAGGCAGGAGACAAACACUAUCACCCCGGCUGUGCAAGAUGCAGCAGAUGCGACAAAAUGUUCACAGAAGGAGAAGAAAUGUAUCUGCAAGGAUCAACAAUCUGGCAUCCAGACUGCAGAGACAGCAGCAGGACUGAGGACAGUUACAGGCCCACUAGAUCAUCGUCUGAAAGCUCCAGCUCCAGACCAGGCUCAUGCACCCCGGGGAGCCCUGGUCGAAAUAUCUGUGCAAAAGUAGAUAACGAGAUCAUUGAUUACAGAGACUUAGCAGCAAUUCCCAGAGUCAAGGCUAUAUAUGAUAUAGAGCAUCCUGAUAUGAUAUCCUAUAAGUCUGUGAACGGCAACUCCUCUACUUUGGACGAAAAAGGCAACAGACAGGACAGGAAAAGUCCUACAGAGUCACCUGGAAACAUUUCUGAAACCAGAGAGGAGAGUUUGGAGAUGAGAAUACCAAAAUCCCGAAGUCACGGAUGUUUUGGAGUUCAUGCGAUGUACAACCGUCACAGCUACACUCCAACUCUGUCCAGAUCGCCUCAACACUUCCACCGACCAGGGUUGAUGCUUUCUCCCUCUUUACUCUCUGGCACCAAAGACACCUGCCCCACUUCUCCUUUAUGUCACCACUUUCUCUCUCAAACUAAAGCAGAUGAAGGUUUCAAUAUGUACAGGAAGCCUCCAAUUUAUAAACAGCAAGAUUCAAAUUCAUCCACAUCUCCAACAUCCUCUUUCCCUAGAUAUGGUCACAAUGAACUUAAUGUGCCACAAUCCGAUUUCUCCCACAACGACGACAGACUCAGAGAUUUCAAGGUAUGUGACAGUAAUUGAAUGGAGUUUUAUGCAGAUUCAAACUCCUCAUCAUCCCUGCUUUUUGAAAUUGGUUUGUUGCAUUUCAAAAUGACUGAGCUGACCAAACUGUGCAUCUGCAUGUUUCAAGAAGCACACAGCAAACCCAGCUUUAAUUCCCAGUCAUAUUUAGAUGUGUCUGAAUAGAUUUAGAUAUCAACCAUGUUGCGUAAUCAUCUCUGUAAUCUCAGAAAGACACAAGUAAUCUGCAAGAGAUUAAUCCUGCCAUGAUAUCUUCCCAUUGCAUGUGUUUGCUUCAUCCCAUAGCUCAUCCUUGACUGCCAGCAUCUAUUAACACGACUGGACAGAGGCGUGUCUAUGCCUAAUUUGCUGGAACCAAA